UGUAGGGACAAGUGCAAUCACACUCUGCACAACGGUUAAUGAUGCACAUUAUCCGAGCUCCGAUUUUUCUCCUGGUGGCCAUUUGGUUUUCCUCUCCCGUUUGGGGUGGCUUUUCGAUUGAUACCUGGAAAAUCACAGUGACCAAGACCUGCUAUGAGACUAUUACAAUCUCAGAGACCUGCGACUCCUCCACUCUGCCUCCCGCAACAAGUGUCACAUCCUCAACUGUUCCUGGAACCUCAACAACAACCCUAAUCAUAACUCCUCCACCUGCCACGACAGAGACAGUAACAGUCACCAAUACUGAGAUAGACACUGUUACAAACAGCAUUAACAGCACUAUCCCGAACAAUACUACAGAUACAAUCAUAGAGACCGUCACGAACACUAUCACGAAUAUUAUUACAGAUACUAUUACAGAGCCACUGAGCACAGUCACCAGUACAAGCCCAAAAACAACGGAGACGCUCACCUUGCCUCGGGACACAACAAUAACUACUGUACCAGAGCCACCAAGCACGGCGCCAGUUUCGGAAUCUGCGACAACAGACACGAUAACAUGUACUACAACAGUUCCAACCUCGCCAACAACAGAGACCAUCACAUCAACUACUAUCACGGACCCGGCAAGUACAGCAGUUACCAUUUCAGGAUCAGUGACAUCUCUACCCGGGUCUACAAUUACUCAGACUACCACCAUAUCGGGACCUACUUUAACUGAAACAGUUUCAGUAACGGAGAUCGUCACGAGCACAGUUGUCAACACUGUGACUUCUCCAGGCACAAUCACCACUGUUAUAAUUACUGACACAGAGACCAUUCCUCGCACCACAGAAACAAAUCCUAGCAUGACAACCAGCGUUCCUGGAUCCACGACCACUAUCGAAAUCUGCCCUAGUCUGACUGUUAACCCAACUUAUACGCCUGUUGCCACACUCCCUAUCGACUACACCUGGGGAUGCCCUCCUGGAUAUCUCUGUAGCCCUACAUAUUCUGGUGACAACGCUGGAUGUAACUUGGAGGCUAGCCUACCAGCAGACAGCUACGUGUGCAGUCCCAAUGAGUGUAUUAAGAGUCCACCAUACAUCCAUGAUCAAUCCUGGGGCAAGCCUGUGGUGUCUGAUGAAAUUGGAACUUACAAUGUGUCCCAGUACUAUUUCAACUUGGAUCCAGGUCUCUUUGGAUUAAAUUACUCAAUAUUCCGGCUACCAGAUAGUCAGCCCGAGCAGAGUCAUUACUACAGGAUGUCCAAUAUAAGGGACGAUGUCUGGAAAGCCGUCCUUUUACGGCAAUCGCUCAUUACUGAGGCCGUUAUCCCAGGAGUCUGUUAUGAUGAGUGCAACAACGCCGCAGUUGAGGCUCAGCAUAUCGGAAAGUCCCCAGCCCUAUGCGCUAGCGGCUCGCCUUUCUUGAACUUGCUUGGGAUCUGUGAGCGCUGUGUAGCUCGAUGGGGCACUGCGGAUUCAGCCAGCUUUGACCAGGGACUUAGACCUGAUUUUCAGCAAUGGCUAGGUUACUGCCAGGGCGACUCAUCUAGUACCACCUCUGUUCCUGCGGAAUCCAUUACCACGCCCAGUUCCGUAACGUCCUCCGUCCAGUCCAGCUCAUCUACUUCAAGCUCUGUAACCACCAUAUUAGUUACAACUUCCUCAAGUCCUAGUGAGACCUCAACUUCGACUUCUACUUCUACUUCUACUUCGAGCACUGUGACCACCAUAUCAGUUACGACUACCUCAACUCCUAGUGCAACUUCGACUUCGACUUCGACUUCAGGUUCUACUUCGAGCACUGUGACUACCAUAUCAGUUACAACUUCCUCAAGUCCUAGUGAGACAUCAACUUCGACUUCGACUUCUACUUCAGGUUCUACUCCAAGCACCGUGACCACCAUAUCAGUUACAACUACCUCAACUCCUAGUGCGACAUCAACUUCGAUUUCAGAUUCCAUUUCGAUUUCAACCUCGAGUUCGAGCUUUACAGCCUCAUCGACCUCGUCUACUCUGUCCACUGCGAGCGAGACGGUAAACCGGCCCACCACUUCGAUACUCACGAGUCAAACUCCGAUCACCGUAAGCCCCUCGGAGACUGGUUCUCUAACACCCAGCAAUCCUUCUACUACAUCAAUCUCGCCCCCAACUGGAGGUGUAAUCUCGAGCCCAACGGCUCCAAGUAGCACCACAUCCCGACCAUUUGUUGGAUCCCAAACGCAUUCUUCACCGUCAACUUCACCGUCCCAGCUCGCAUUUACUGGUAUCGCAGCCACUUUCAUGCCUUCGUGCUGGAGUCUUGUACCGUUCGUCUUUGGAUUGGUGAUGUUCCAGUGAUGGAAUUGAACAGUUCCUAGUCCUUUGAAA